GAGGUGGCUUCUCCUGCCCUUCUUAGGGGGUCCUAUCAGCUUUUCCGGUUCAAACUCGCACCAACUCCAGCGAGAGCAUUUAACCCACCUCUUCCACCCAUUUCAGCCUUUCAGCCUUUUGGAAAUCUGAGUCCUCCACAAGCUGAGCCAGGGAAAGGAAUCGUCAUAAAAGACCCCAGCUCCCAAAAUUGCCUAUUCUGGAACUGGAAAUGCAAUUUCAGCCCUAGGGCACCAGAACAAAGAAAGCCAGUUUAAUCCCAGAACACCAUCAAUCCCACAACUAAUGUGCUCAUCCAAGUCCAGGCCAUGGAGGCCAGCACAGGAACCAGGAUGGUUCCAGUCCGUGCCUUCAUGGAACCUCCCACUGCGCCCGGGUCGGAGCCGUCCCAAGUCAGCCCUGCUCGCCCUGCAGCCCAGUGUUGGGCUGGGGUGUCUGCCACUUAUUCUCCCUCAUUUUGGGCUGGGCUGGCUGGGGCCUGUGAUGCAGGGCCAGCCCUUGCAUGAUUCUUACUGCCCAGGAGUAUCACUUAAAGGAGGAUCAUGAGGUCAGCCAUGUUGCAGCAUUCCCCUGACACCAAUCAGAAUUUCAAGAAAAAGAAAUGGAAUAUUUCAAGAAUACACAUGAUGAGGUCUUUAAAAGCCUAAAGUUAUUACAGAUUUUCAAACUAUAAACAGAAAGGUCCCUGAAGCAUUGUACAGGUUUAAAUUUCUAAUAAACUAAAUAUCAAUGUCUAUAACCAUGUAAACAAUAAACACUUGUUUUCUUUGAAGAGGAAAAUGUUCUUGGGACCCCAAAAUGAAAAAAACACAGUAGGUUUUACCCAGCCAGGAUUGGCCCAUUUCUUGCUCUGACCUCAUAAAGAGCCAUUGUUCCCAAAUUCCCUGCACCUAUAUAAGCCCUGGCUGGGCCUGGGGUUUCGGUCCUUGUUGCCCAGGAAGCUGCUUUUGGUGACCUGUGGUGUGUGACUGUAGUGAUACUGCUUUUUCUUCGUUAGUGAGUAUUGUCAGUGUAGUUAGUAUAGUUAGCAUUGUUGGUUAGUUGUGUUAACGUAGCAUAGUUAGUACUGUUUGUUAGUUUUGUUACCAUGCUGUAGUUAGUACUGUUUGUUAGUUUUGUUACCUUACUAUAGUUAAUAUUGUUCGUUAGUAGCUUUAGCGUAGCGUAGUUUAUAUUCUUUUUAUUAGGAUAGUAUACUUACUGUUGUUCUUUUGAUGUGUUAGUACAAUUAGUCUUGUUAGCCCAUUUAGCAUUAUUUAUUAAUAUCGUUGGUGUAGUUCUUAUAGUGUAGUUAGUACUGUUAGUACCCUUAGCCUAGUUAGUGUGGUUCAGAGUGUUCAUUACUUAAUAAGCACAGUUAGUAUAGUCUUAGCAUAGAGGGGACCAUGGCGCUGACCUUGGACUACAGUCUACCAGUGGAGGAGUUGGACAAUUAUGACUUCCUCGAGACAAUUGGCUAUGGCACGCAAGGCCACGUGAUGUUGGCCAUACACAUUCCCACUGGGACAAAGGUGGCCCUGAAAAUUAUGUCUAAGAGGGCUUACCCCACCCUGGACUGGCUCCACAUGGAGAUCAAUGCGAUGAGGGCCCUCGAUCACCCCAAUGUCCUCAAGCUUCUCAAUGUCAUCGAGAGUGAAGAUACUGUGUGGUUGGUGACAGAGUACGCCAGUAGUGGGGACCUUUUGCAAUACAUAAGGAGUCACCAGCGCCUGAGCGAGGAGGAGGCCCGUCCCAUAUUCUGCCAGCUGCUGAACGCGGUGCAGUACUGCCACGAGAACCACAUCGUCCACCGCGACCUAAAGCCCGACAACAUUCUACUGGACGAGCACAUGAACGUUAAACUAGCUGACUUCGGCCUCGCAGGGACUUUCAGUGAGGAGAAUUACCUGCACAGAUUCUGUGGAACUCCCACAUUUAGUGCCCCAGAAAUAUUCCUGCACAAGGAAUAUGUGGGACCCGAGGUGGACGUCUGGAGUCUGGGUGCUGUCCUCUACCAUAUGAUAGCCGGGCGUCCGCCAUUUGUUGGUGGCAACUUGAAGCAACUGAGAAUGAACAUCACCCAGGGAAGAUAUGAAACACCUGCAUUCUUUUCUCGAAAACUAAGAGCACUUUUGAAGAAGUUCUUUACCCUAGAUGCCAAGUUGAGGCCCACCCUCCCUGAACUUAUAACCGAUGUUUGGAUCCAGGGUAAGCAGGCAGAGGACACGAGCAGGAAAGACACACUGUCUGUGAGUCUGGAGGGGACCAGUAAUGGCACAGGGCUUUUGACUCCAGAGAGGAGCAGGAAAAGCACAGUGCCUUCGAGUCUGGAGGUGACCAAGAAAGGCACAGGGCUUUUGACUUCAGAGUUGAGCAAGCAAAGCAGAGUGCCUUGGAGUCUGGAGGUGAGCAGGAACUACACAGGGUUUUUGUCUCAGGAGACGAGCAGGAAAAGCACAGGGCCUGCCACUCCUCUAGUCAGUGGGCAGUUGAGUCCCAGUAUGAGAGCCCCCCAGCAUGGCCUCAUGGGCUCCAUGUUCACCCAGAGCGGCAGCAGCAAUAGGGAAAAGCAAGGAGGAGGCAGCUCUGUGCAGGCUGGGCAGCCGUAUGGGAAGACCUCCCACUCACCCUGGGAAGAGGGCCGGGGCCAGAAGGGGCUCGCUAGGAGACUUGGCAACUUACUCCUAAGAAUCUGCUGUGUCCUGCCGGCCGGAAAGAUCUGCGGCAGGCGAAGACGGCUGAACAAGGUGGUGCCAGUGACUCAGGACAGCUGAAGCGGCAAGGCCAAAAUGGAGAGCAAGAAGACCCUGAGCUGCCGGGAUCCUGACAGCGUGGAGUGGGAGGUCGGCCAGGCGGGGACACACAGCUCCAGGUGGGAGCCGGCCAGAAGCAGGGAGCCAGCCAGAAGCAGCCCGCGGCCUUCAGAGGCAUCUGAGCACAGCAUUGUGAGCUGCAAUGCCGCCUGGAGCCCUGGAGACAAGAGGGCCCUCCGCCCCACCCGGUCCCUUGGUUCCCCAUUUUCUUUAUGCUUAACAGCCCAGUGAGCAGUCACCCAGGGCUGCUGUCCCUAAAACCCAUCCCUGGCUCUCACCCCUUCAGCAAUGCCUGUCUUUCUUUUGUUUGUUCGUUUUGUUUUUUUUAU